AUGCACAUUCUUCCUGCGACUCAUUCGAGAGCCUCGCGCCGCAGUCGGAAGGAGGACGUUCCAUGGCCAGGCUGGCUGUCUACCGCGGAUAUUGAGAACGAACACCCCCGGUUGACGAACGACGAGUAUCUCUCCCUCUCUCCAGCUCAGCAAGAGGCCAUCCUCCGUCCUGCAGAACGACAGUGGAUCCAUGUGCAACCGUGGCUGGAGUCGAACGGGUACUUGUUGCGCCCUCGGUUUCGUCCUGGCUGGAAACCAUCAUGGUCAGAGGGUGCGACGCGGUCCGAGUUGAACAAACGAGAAGAUGCCGUGCAACAUUAUUUUCCUGGCUGUGAUUAUGUUAUGGACGCAACUCGGACUCGUGACGGGCGCCACGUUGUAUGGAAGAGGUUCGAACUACCUGCCAAUGGUCGCAACGAACUGGAAAUCAACACAAUGUUACCCUCCGAACCAUUGCGGGAUGACCCGGGAAACCCGGUGCUUCCUCUGCUAGAAGUCAUCAAUGCGCCCGACCAAUUUCGGCCCGCGACUGUCGGAGAAGGCUUAGACUUUGUUGAACAGACGUUGCAGGGCCUUGUGUUUCUGCACGAGAAACGGGAAGCUCACAGCAGGAGAAAACGUCUCGGUCACGUUCGAACGCGUACACAAUUUGGCGGGGUCAAGUACUACUACAUCGACUUCGGCGAGUCCAUCAGGUUUGGUCCUUCGGAUAGCACUCGCAUCACUGUCGAGUCCAAAGCCAGCAUCUUCGCGCCAGAGACGGGGAAUCCGAGUUUAUGGCCUUACGAUACGUUCAAACCUGAUAUCUUUAACUUGGGUACGGCAUACAGGCAAAAUCUUGUCGAGCCGUUCUCAUCUUUCGACGCAAUUACCCCUCUCCUCGAUGCGAUGACUCAACGCGAUCCGGACGCUCGGCCGUCCGCUGCAGACGCGCUCAAACUCUUCGAAACAAUCAAGGCAUCCUUUUCGCGCACCGCUCUUCAUGGUCGUGUCCAUAGCCGCAGAGAGGAACCGGAAUCCUCGUUCAAGCGGGUCUUCCACGACUGUCUGCACUAUGCUGAACAGAUCGCUUGGGCGAUACAGAACUGGAAGUGGUGA